AAGGAAGGUCAAGCAAACUCAAAAAAUAUUUACCAAACAUACAAAGCAGAUCAAAGCAUCAACAUCCUCUAACGUGCAUCUCUUAUCUAAUUUCUGAAGCAAAGAAUCUAGUAUUUUGCACUGUAUAGUCAUGACGCAAAGUAUAUUAUAUAUCUUCUUAUUACAAGCUUAAGACCACACGCACAUACAAUCAUAAAGAAAGAAAGAGACAGUCAACAAUAAUGGAGGAUGGGAUAGAGCACCGUACGGUGAAUGUAAAUGGCAUAAACAUGCACAUAGCUGAGAAGGGUGAAGGGCCUCUCAUCCUAUUCAUCCAUGGCUUCCCAGACCUAUGGUACUCGUGGCGCCACCAGAUAGCCUUCUUUGCAUCCCGAGGGUACCGCUGCGUGGCCCCCGACCUCCGCGGCUUCGGGGACAGCGAUUCACCCAGCAGCCCGAGCGCCUACACGAGCCUCCACAUCGUGGGAGACCUCAUCGGGCUGCUGGAUGCAGUAGCCGGAGAGGAGGAGAAGGUGUUUGUGGUUGGACAUGACUGGGGAGCCCUGACUGCUUGGAGCCUCUGCAUGUAUCGGCCUGAGAGAGUGAAGGCUCUUGUUAACUUGAGCGUUCCCUUCACUCCCAGACACCCCAUGCGAAAGCCCCUUCAAACCUUGAGAGCUGUUUAUGGCAACGACUACUACAUCUGCAGGUUUCAGGAGAGUGGAGUUAUAGAGGAGGAGUUUGCUGAGAUUGGAACUGAAAGAGUGUUGAAGGAAUUCCUGACAUAUAGGAACCCUGGUCCGCUUUAUCUGCCUAAGGGUAAAGGCUUUGGUCAUCCAACUGAAUCUCCCAUUCUGUUGCCAUCAUGGCUUUCUGAACAAGAAUGCAAAUACUAUGCCUCCAAAUAUCAAAAGACUGGCUUCACUGGGGGAUUCAACUACUAUAGGAGUUUGGAUCUAAACUGGGAGCUGACUGCACCGUGGACUGGUGCUCAAAUCAAAGUUCCGGUGAAGUUUGUGGUGGGGGAUGUUGACCUGACAUACAACGCGCCGGGCGCCAAGGACUACAUUCACAAAGGAGGCUUCAAAAGAGAUGUGCCGCUUCUGGAGGAGGUGGUUGUUCUUGAAGGUGCAGGCCACUUCCUCCACCAAGAAAGGCCUCAUGAAAUCAACAAACACAUCUAUGACUUUUUUCGUAACUUCUCAUGAUCAUCUGCACAACUCCUCCUCCUCCUCCUCCGCUUGCCUUCUCUUCUUCCGUUCCUGCCACCUGUGUUCCUUUAUCAUCCGUUUCUUCUCUCGUGUAUUCUCAUAGUCUGGAUUCUGGAAUGUGUAUGUGACUCUAUUGUCCAUUAACAACUCUGGAUGCGCAUGUUUUAUAAAAAUAACAGUGUGAUUCAAUAUGCUGAUGACAAAUGUAUUUCGUGCUUGAUUUCGUUAUUCAGAUAUAUUUGGUCCCAAAAUACCUACCAUCUUUAUGUGCUUGAGCUAUCAAAUAAAGGGUAAGACUUAAGAGAGAGACAAAUUA